GUCUGUAUUCAUGCCUCUCAGGGCCCUUACUCAAAAGAAGCCGGAAGUGAACCAAACCACAACUCCCCACAAUAAAAGCCCACACUUCUGCUUUUCACACGGGUUUACUGCGAGGUGAGGAGACAGACUGUUACUCAUAAUCUGCUGUGAAGUUCUCCUAAUCAUGUCCGACCCAGUGGUUGAAUCUCAGGACCCUGCUCUCUCUGGGCUGCCGCCUUCCACUCCACAAUACCCACAAUCCACAGAGACCCCCUCAAGUCCUGAUCCUUAUCCUGGCCCUGAUCCUGCUCCUUAUCCCGAUCUGAAUCCUGAUCAAAAACCUGAUCAAAAUCCUGGUCCAAGUUAUGGAUUUAAUCCAGAUAUAGUCCAGGCUGAACCUCCUCCAUACUCUGCAGUGAAUCCAAGCGCGUACCCGCCUGAGAAAGCAGGAGAGCCGGGUUUGUACCAGACCUUCCCAGAACCUGAACCAAACCCAGAUUUUUGUGCAGCAGAUACAGCUGCCAUCACAACAUCUGCUUUCGAAGACAAAACCGUGAGGAGGGCUUUUAUACGUAAGGUGUUCUGUCUGGUGUUCCUUCAGCUGCUCUUCACCUUCACUGUGGUCUGUAUCUUCACGUUCUCGGAGACAGUGAAGAAGCUGGUCCAGAAAGAUAUCUGGGUUUAUGUCUCGGCCUACAUCUUAUUCAUUGUGGUGGCGCUUCCUCUCAGCCUCUGUACAUCCCUGAACAGAAGACACCCAUGGAACCUCAUUGCUCUGAUGCUGGUGACCGUGAGCCUGUCGUACAUGGUGGGGACUAUCGCCUCAUACCACGACACUAUGACAGUAAUUCUGGCCAUGGGAGCCACUCUGGCCAUCACCCUGGGCAUCAUUGCCUACUCUACACAGAGCCGUUAUGACUUCACCGUAUGUUAUGGCCUCCUCCUCAUCCUCUGUCUGGACCUGUUCAUGUUCGUGAUCUUCUCCUCCUUCUAUUACUAUCACAUGGCUCAGGUGGCAUAUGGAUCUCUGGGGGCGUUGCUCUUUUCACUGUUCCUGAUGGCCGAUGUGCAGUUGAUGACGGGCAGUAUGAAUAACCGUGUGAGUCCGGAGGAGUACGUCUCUGCAGCUCUCAUCAUUUACCUCGACAUCAUCCUCAUCUUCCUCUACCUGCUCGGUCGAAGAUGAAAACACCACAAGCCUCACAACAAAACUAUUGAAUACAGUUAUUUGUAAGAGAAAACAGCAUUUAUGAAGAGAAUACAGCAUUUGUUAAGUUUUUUAUUUAUUACGGUGUUAUGACGAAUGUGCUUGUUUUAGAGCUGGAUGUGUUACAAACUGAAAUGUUUCACCUGUGAAUCUGAAAGUGAAUUUCCACUGUCUGUAAAUGUCUCAACUAUCAUUUAUUUCUGUGUCUUAAAUGAAGCUAGUCCCUACA